CCUGUGCUUCAGCCAAGAGGGAGACCGAACCACACCCUGCUUAGAUUAGUUGGCACUCUCACCUCUGUGGUUAAAAGGGGGGGGGGCGAACAUGGCACCUCUGACGGAAAAGACUGACCAAAGACAGGGCCAGAACUUGGAUGUGCAAAGGCCAAGUCUCUCUGCCACUAUGACUUCUGAACAUGAAGACGUUGACACGGGAAGCACUGUGGUGAAUGGAUUAGUACCAAGCAGCAAUGGACAAGAGAGAGCAAAUGAUGUCCCUUUAUGUUCACGCUCUGUUUCUGCUGUUAAAAUAAUCCCUGUGAAGAAAGUGAAAAGUUCUCCUGGUCUAGUGUUGCUGACAGACCUGGAUCCUACUAAGGUCUGUGCUGGUAAGGGAGCCGUGACUCUACGUGUGUCUAUGCCCUAUGAGGAAAAUCCUAGUAGCAGCCCAACUUGUCCACAGGUGAUUCAGCAGUCUGAAAGUGACUGGAGGUUAUCACCUAAUAUUGACUCUAAUGGAGAUGCUCCACCUUCAGCUCUGGCUUCCAAGGGUUAUCGUAGUGUGCGGCCAAACAUUCCUUCUGAGACCAAACCACAGGAUCCUUGUCCCGUGCUAAACGAGGCCCCCAAGCUCAGCAGCGGCACCGAAAUCUGUGGCUCCUUGACAUCAGUCAGCAGACCUUCCUCGGCCUACCCCUCCACCACAAUCGUCAAUCCCACCAUUGUUCUUCUGCAGCACAACAGAGAGCAACAAAAAAGGCUUAGUAGCCUGGCAGAGCCUCUGUCGGAGAGCCCAGCGGCAGAUAAAGUAAAUCACGCUCCUCUCCAAGAAAAAGCAAGCCAGGAUACUUCUCAGAGUAAGAAGCAGGCCGUGGAGGAGCUGAAGAGUUCACAGCACAUGAUGGAGUCCUCGGUAGAUGAUGUGGGCAUUCCGCUACGGAAUACUGACCGAUCAAAGGACUGGUAUAAAACCAUGUUCAAACAGAUCCACAGACUGACAAAAGAUGAAGAUUCCGAUUCCUAUUUCCCUCGUUACUCCUUUUAUGAAGACACGAGAGGUCCAACUUCGGUGCCCCGUUCCAAAAGCGAGAAUACCACCAUUGACUCGGAGAAGGUGGUCAAGAGAUCGGCCACUCUGCCGUUGCCAACACGUUCCUCAUCUCUGAAAUCCAGUCCGGAGAGGAAUGACUGGGAGCCUCCAGACAAAAAGGUGGACACGCGGAAGUACCGUGCGGAACCCAAAAGCAUCUAUGAAUACCAGCCGGGAAAGUCCUCUGUUCUGAACAAUGAAAAACUGACUCUGGAUAUAAGCCCAGAAGAGAUAGAUUUAAAGAAUGAACCUUGGUAUAAAUUCUUUUCGGAAUUGGAGUUUGGGAAGCCGCCUCCAAAAAAGAUAUGGGAUUAUACUCCUGGAGAGUGCUCUAUCCUUACUAGAGAGGAUAGAAAGACUGAUCUAGAAAAAGACCUCUACCUCUACCAGACUGAGUUAGAGGCAGAUAUAGAAAAGAUGGAGAAGCUUUAUAAAGCGCCCGAUAAAAAGCCACCGAAGAGGACAGCAAGCUCUACUCCACUGGAAACUUUUUCAGACCAUUUGCCCCACUCACCAUAUUCCCCCAGCUACCAGUCCUACAAGAGAGAGCUGGAAACAAGUCCCGGAGAUUCCCCUGGGCUGGAAAACGAAAGGCAGAUUUACAAAAGCGUUUUGGAAGGAGGUGACAUCCCUCUUCAAGGGCUGAGCGGUCUCAAGCGCCCCUCCAGUUCAGCUUCCACUAAAGUGGAUCGUAAAGGUGGGAAUGCUCAUAAGAUUGCAUCCUCUUCAGUUAAUAGCCGAACCCUUAACCCUAGCAAUACCGGUCCACUAGGCCGCCCGUGUAUGCAUAAGAAACCUUUCUCCGCUGCAAAAGUCUGUAUUGCUGAAGUACUUCCGUCCAAAUUCAAACCCAGGCUGGCCGCUCCACCUUUUUCUGGGCAGGACAAGAAAAGUAACCUCUUGCCUCACGAGAAAACUCAGAGCUGCGAAAACCUCCGCAACUCGUUUGCCUUCUUUGAUAGCAAGAAACCCUCCAGGACAGAUGCAGGCGAGAGCUUUGAGAACUUGCUGAUGAAGUCCAAGCAAGAGUGCGCUGUCAAAUCCAGCAGCACCCAGAGCUUGCAGGAAUACGGCUCGUCCAGCUUCAGGAAAGGGUGCGUGUCCGGCUCCUGGAAAAAUGGGGCCGAGUUUACCGUGCUGUACAAAAACAUGCACCAGAUCAACCGCUCUGGGAUCCAGCUGGGCACCGUUUCAUCCUGCAGUGUGAAGGACCUCGCCUCCCAGUUUGAGAGUGAGCUAAAGGACAAGAGGGAGCCCACCCCCAACCGGGAGAACUUGGAACACAUCCCCAGGCACACAGUCUCUGCACGCGUCUCUGCCUUUGAGCUGCUGAUCCAGAGAUCCCGGUCAAUGCCUGCGCUCAACUUCUCCAGUGCGUGCAGCAAAUCCCCAGCUCUGAGCCUCUCUAACAGCUACCUGAGCUCAGCGCACUCAGCCGAAUAUCUGCUGGAUUUUCCCAAACCUGAUCUGGGGGGCAAGGAUAUCGCCCAGCUAGGUGAUGAUACCUCCUCCCAGUCUUGUAGCAAUACAGAGGAUCUGGCCUCUGAGUUCAGCGAUGCGGCUCCCUUGGACACGCUCUCGGCCUGCACUGACAAAACAGAUCUCUUGUCAAAUGCAUCGAAUGACAGCGGGGGCAGCAUCAGUGGGUCUCAGAGGUAUAAAUUAAACAAGUGCAAAGGAGCCUGUCCAGCUUCCUAUACAAGGUUCACAACCAUCCGGAGGCACGAGCAGCAGCAGCAGCCCGGCAGAGAAGAUGCCUCCAGCGACACACGCCUGCUCCCCAGGAACGUCUACAUCAUGAGCCCGCUUCCGUUCAGGGUGAAAAAACCAUUACCGCACCAUCCCAGAAAGACGUUUUCUUUGCAGUAUCCAGGAGACCUGCCCGUCUGUGUCUCUGAGAACCAGAAUAACCUGGCUCGCUCAAGGGGAAGUCUGUUGGAUAGGGACAGCCCCCUUUUCCACGAGUCGUACCUCCAAGAGAAACCUCUCGCUCCCAUGCGCCUCUCUUCUUAUGACAUUGUCAAAAGGCUGAGCCGCUUCCGCGUUCUGGAAACGGGCCGAAAUUGCUCUGUUUCCCUCGUGGACAUUCCAGAUGCCUUUAAUAACAGGAAUGUUGUUCCAUAUGCUUUGUAUCACAGCUUGGACCCAAACAACAACCCACAGACAGAACUCAGGACAUACCUUCGAGAUUCAGAAUCGCCCAGGCAUUUUGUGCCGCUCGAUUACAUGGAGAGUCCGGAAGAAAUUCUCCGCAGGCGCCAUGACGAUAAAGAGAAACUGUUAGAGGACCAGAGACGGCUUAAACGUGAGCAAGAAGAGGCUGAUAUUGCUGCUAGAAGGCACACGGGGGUCAUUCCUACGCACCAUCAAUUUAUCACUAAUGAGCGGUUUGGGGACCUCCUAAAUGUAGACGAUACAGCCAAAAGGAAAUCUGGGUCAGAGAUGAGAGCUGCAAGAGCGAAGUUUGACUUCAAAGCUCAGACACUAAAGGAGCUCCCAUUGCAAAAAGGGGAUAUUGUUUACAUUUAUAAGCAGAUCGAUCAGAACUGGUAUGAAGGAGAACACCAUGGCCGAGUGGGCAUCUUCCCACGGUCAUACAUAGAGCUGCUUCCUCCCACAGAAAAAUCCCAACCAAAGAAAACUUCACCACUGCAAGUGCUGGAAUACGGAGACGCAGUUGCCAAGUUCAAUUUCAGUGGGGACACUCAAGUGGAAAUGUCUUUCAGAAAGGGCGAGAGAAUCACGCUGCUUCGGCGGGUGGAUGAGAACUGGUACGAAGGAAGAAUCCCCGGCACCAACCACCAAGGCAUCUUCCCUGUCACGUACGUCGAGGUGCUCAAGCGGCCGGUGGUGAAGAACACGCUGGAUUAUGCUGACCUGCCACUCGCUCACUCUCCAAGCCGCAGCAUGACAGCUUCCCCACAGUCUCCCAGCUCUGAGCUCCUUUUCACACCUACUCCUCCACCUUUGCCUUUCACGCGCCCGGCCCUGUCGCCUGAAUUGCAGGCCAUCACCUCAGAGUGGAUUUCCCUGACUCUGGGAGUGUCCCGCAGCAGCACCCCAACCCUAACCCCUCCCUUGCCCCCUCUCCCUGAUGCUUCUCUGUGUCAUAUCAGCUAUCUCACCCCGCCGAUGGUGGCCAGCCCCUCACCUUCUCUUGGCCUUCACCAUUCUCACUUCUCCAACUCCUCCAGCCCAAGGAAUGUCAUUUCCCCACUGCCUUACUGCCCUUCCAGGCCUCAGUCAUCUGCUCAAAACGUCAGCCUGAGCACUCUGCAAAGUGAAGAGAAGUUGGUUAGCUCCCCUUCCCCUCACAUGAGCCACAGUAGCUCACCGUACUCCGCCUUUGGCAGCCCCGACAGUUUCCUCUCAGAGCUCAGUGAUGCCCUCGGCCAGCGAGACAAGGUCCAAAGGAGCCGAGGAGUCAGUCUGAGUGUUGCCACCGAGGACGGGAUCGCAACCGACAGAGACUGCGGUGGCACGCCUGAAAUCUCUAGAGUGAGGUGCCCCAAACCGGAGCAGUGUGUUAGCUGGCAAAAGAAACCUCUUCACACCUUUGAGGAGAACAAGCUAAUUCAGGAGCAGGGAGAUAGUCCCAAGAAAAGGGACGUGGGCAAUUAUAAGCAAGGUGAACGGAAGGAGAAUCCAAGCAGGGCCGUAAAGACUGUCAACGUCAAACCAUUCUCUCCAUGUGCUCCUCUGUCUCCCUCUGCAAUUUCUUCUGUUGUCACCACACAACCUCCUCCUAGACUCAUGCGCAGGGUCAUGGUGCCGCAGCCUUCCCAUCAUUCAUUGAGGCCAGGACCAGAUCUCACAGAGUCUGAAAAGAGCUAUGUGCAACCACAAGCCCUGCCGCUGGGAACCAGCCCUGACCGGAGUCACACCCCACAAGAUAUACUCAGCUACCAAGCAUUGUACAGCUACAUCCCGCAGAAUGACGAUGAGUUGGAAUUAAGAGACGGGGAUGUUGUAGACGUCAUGGAGAAAUGUGACGAUGGCUGGUUUGUUGGCACGUCCAGGCGGACCAGACAGUUCGGUACUUUCCCAGGCAACUACGUGAAGCUCGUGUCCCUAUAGAAGCCGCUGCUGUUCUCCUCAGGGAAGAGGGGGUUGUGGGUUGGGAAAUCCAGAAACGUUUUGGAAACAUGAGACGAUUUAUGAAUGUAGCAGAGGAGAAAUGAGACGUGGAUGUGGAAUGUGGUUCUCUGGCUUAGGGUUGGACUGAGGCAAAACUCUUGCCUCCUUUGGGGAUUUACUGGCCUUGUUUACGGAGCAGGCGAGAGAGAGGAGAGUGUCACGAAGAGUGCCGUUUACAAUGCUGCCUUUGUAUGUUUUAUCCUCCAAGGACUCACACAGGGCAAGGCUUCACUUUUCAUUGGGCCUCGCCCUCCACAAUGAAACUGGGAGAAAGCAAUGGAAUGGAGAGACGUGACAUUUACAGGGAGAACAAAAUGAGCCCAUUGUGACCGUAUGGAUCGGGAGCUGCCUCCUUGAGCGCAGUGUGCGUGUGACGGUGGGGGAAGCUGGGAAGGGGGCCUGUUAAAAUGUCAGGCGGUUCUUGUUCCCUUGUUUUGGGUCCCAAAGGCCAGAUCAAGGCACUGCUGUUGCUUUGGCAACCACAGGGCCCUGGGUGGCUACACGAAGUGGGGGGCUUGGUUCCAGCUUGGGGUGCAGGGGCCAUGUGUCCCGAGGAGUGUGUCUCAUGCACCCCGCUUUGGGAUAUGCACAUUAACGCAGAGGUCCUUGAGAUCAGCGCUGUUGUGGAAGAGCAUGCCGUUAAUUGCAGCAUGCAUUAGCCUCGCCCCCUUUUCACCCACUGCACAACCCAGCCUGUGUCUCCCCCCGCCCCCCGUCAGUGGAAUGGUUACACAAGUGUGAGAUGUGGUACCUCUUUCAAAGUUGGGCCAUCCAUCCUUUUGAAAAGCCAAUUUCUAAUGAAAAUGUGUAGGUGCCUGCUGAAAUCUCUGAAGCUGCUUAGCGGGCUUCCAGAAUUUGGGUCUCCUUUGGAACCCCUCGUUGUUCUCGCCUCCUCCCUCCCAGCUCUUCCUGAUCGCUCCAGUUCUUUUCUCCGUUUUCUUGUUCCGUCUGUUCUUUCAUCCUUAGCAGAAAUUAAGAAUACAAAAAUAAGCAAGUCCCAGAUCUCCACAUUUGUUUAACAGUUUCUGAUUGUGGUAUUUAAUACAGAGUAUUUCCAAAAGUGUGCAGGACAAAUGAACGGUCUUGGGAACCCAGUUUCAUCUGUGGCAGCAGAAGCCCAGUCCAGCUCUCUAGCCUUGCUUUGGCUAAAACAACCUAAGGGUUAAAAAUGAGUAUUUCUUUAUCAUGGGAGGUUUGGACAGUUUUAACUAAUCCAGAGGACAUGGGUGUGACCUUGGGAGUACGCCUUGAGACAGAGUAAAGAGUCCAGAGGCACCUUUAAGACUAACCAA